ACUUUUCCUUCAAAAGAUACUACUUUACGAGUGCAACGGAGCGAUCGCGCUUCAGUAAGCGCUCGGCAGCGUUGCCAUUUUGUGUGCGAUUCAGAUGCGUGUGUGAGAUCUGGCGCCGUGCACCAGAACGGUCGGACAACGCAGUCGAAAGAGAAAGUAGUCCGUGCAGACUGGACGGACGGUUGCAGCGCCCUACAGCAAACAACACGUCUUCAAUGUCAAUGGCAACUACCACUCGCGUACUUGAACCUGGCAAUGCGCAAGGAUUGUAGAUCGGAGCGAGUCAUCGAUCUCGGCUGAGGUUACAAUCCCUUUCAAUUACAUCGCGCUGGUUCGGCAGGACCUUGGGCUUUGGUUGACUUGGGCUGCCGAUUCGAGCGUGGCAUCGGCCGGGUCGCGUGGCAGGAUAAAACGCAUAAAGCCAGGGGCGAUCGUCGGUUCGCGGUUUAGUGUGGCGUUCGCAGUGGAUCAAUAUCGAUCGCAGUCGAGCAGCCGUUUCGGGGCAGUGCAGUGCAGAGCAAGUGCAAGUGCCAAAUCAAUCGUACGAGAGCGCAAUCCAUCCCAGAGGUGUCGGAACAGUGCAAAAUGGCGGCACAGUCGGGAUGCUACGAAUCCGUGACGGAUUUCUAUGCCAAUACGGACGUUUUUCUUACCGGUGGAACGGGGUUCCUGGGGAAGGUUUUGCUCGAGAAGCUGCUUCGCUCCUGUCCAGAUAUCGGGCGCAUCUUUGUGCUGAUGCGUAACAAGCGUGGCAAAUCGAUCGAAACACGCGUCGCCGAACUCGUCAGUUGUCCUCUGUUUGAUCGGCUAAGGGAGGAGAAUAAAGGCGCCUUGAAUAAGGUGAUCCCCAUCUUCGGUGACAUCACACAGCUGCGCCUGGGCAUGUACGAGGAAGACAUCCAGAGGCUGAGCAAUGUGUCGGUGGCGUUUCAUUUGGCCGCCAGCGUUAGGUUCGACGAUCCGCUAAGAGAUGCCAUCAAAACGAACAUCUGCUCGACGCAGGAGCUGUUCGAGAUGCUCAAAACGACAACCACCAAGCUGCGGGCCGUUGUGCACGUUUCGACCGCGUACAGCAAUCCGGAAAAUCGUCACGUCGAGGAAAAGCUCUACCCACCGAAGUACGAUUGGAAGAAGCUCGUGCAAGCCGUCGAUCGCUACGAACCGGAAACGCUGGACGCACUGAUGCAAAAACUUUCACACAACUCACCAAACACGUACACAUACACCAAAGGGCUGGCGGAACAGGUAUGUAACGAUUACAGUAACGAGCUGCCGCUGGCCAUCGUGCGUCCUUCGGUCGUGCUGUUUACCAUUCAGGAACCGAUGAGCGGAUGGGUGGACAAUUUUAACGGGCCCACGGGAAUGCUGGUCAGUGCCGGGCUGGGCAUCACGAGGACGGCCUACCUCCGGCCGAGAAAUCGAAUCAACAUCAUCCCGGUGGACGUUGUCGUGAAGACCAUCAUCCUGGCCGCCUGGAAACGGGGCACCAUCGAACGUACCUAUGGGCCGAGCCAUCUGCCCAUCUACAACAGUGCCGUGACGUACGAGCAGUCCUUGGAAUACCAGGAAAUGUUGGAUCGCGGCAAGGAAUACCUUUAUGCGGUACCCUUCAGUCGCAUGCUCUGGGUGCCUCGGGGAUAUCCAACGGAUUGGAAAGCUUUGUACUACUUCAAGCUAAUUUUCACCAUGCUUCUACCAUCUUUUCUGUUGGAUCUGCUCAUCAGAAUGUUUGGACACAAACCAUUUUUAAUGAAAUUACAAUCCAGAAUUUAUGGUUCCGAAAUGUCGCUGCGUUACUUCGUCAGGCAUGAGUGGGAAUUCGAAACAAAGCGGACAGACAAUUUGGCCGAGCUGCUAGACGAGAAGGAUCGGAGCACCUUCGGAUGGUACAUGCCACGGUCACUGACGGGCAAAUAUCUCGAGAACGCGUACCUCACCAUCAGACGCUACCUGAUGAAGGAUCCGGACGAGACGAUUCCGUACGCCAAACGAAAGCUAGCACGUAUGGUACUCGCCGAUCGUAUCAUUCAGAUUAUCGCUUGCUGCUUAACGCUGGUGGCCGUUUGUAGGACAAUGUUUGCUGGAAGUUUGUAGUGCUGCAAUAAACAUUACGAGUUGUUCCGGUUUUCGUUGCAAUUUUGGA